UUAUCGAUAAUUUAACAUAGAAAUAAACAUUUUCGGGAGAUGAAGCCUAUGCCGAAGAAAUUUUAAACAAUUCAAAAUAUAUUAAUGUAUUAAAAUGUUCUAUGAACACAUAAUUUUGGCCAAGAAAGGCCCGUUGGCCAGGAUCUGGCUAGCAGCACAUUGGGACAAAAAGAUUACAAAAGCCCAUGUGUUUGAAACUAAUAUUGAAAAAUCGGUGGAAGGUAUUUUGCAGCCUAAAGUAAAAUUAGCGCUAAGAACGUCUGGUCAUUUGUUGCUGGGAGUUGUGCGCAUAUAUUCAAGGAAAGCAAAAUAUUUAUUAGCUGAUUGCAAUGAAGCAUUUGUUAAGAUUAAGAUGGCAUUCCGACCAGGCCUGGUCGACCUACCAGAAGGUCACAGAGAAGCGAAUGUUAAUGCAAUAACACUUCCUGAAGUUUUUCAUGACUUUGAUACGGCGUUGCCUGAAUUAAAUGAUAUUGAUAUUGAAGCACAAUUUUCUAUUAAUCAGUCUAGAGCUGACGAGAUAACAAUGAGAGAAGAUUACGGCAGCCUGUCACUCUCCCUACAGGAUGAUGGCUUUGGUGAUAUUGGUUUCGAAGCGGAAGCACCAGAGAUUAUGCGAGGAUCAGUAUCUUCAAAUAUCAAUGAUAAACUAUUUGAUAGUGACGUUUUGGAAAAUAUUGAGUCACUGGAUCCCCAUGCAACCGAGACCCAGGCAGACAUAUCUGGGGCUCGAUUAGACGGUGAUGGAUUUGGAGAUUCCUUUGGACAACCAGAACUUUUUGAAGACGAUCUUUUUGGUGAACCUUCUCAGCCAGCGGAGCAGAUUGCGAAAGAACCUACAGCAAUUAUCAUCGCAGAUGAUUUUGAUGAAGAUGAAAUUGAUAAUUGUAAUAACGUUCAGUCGCCUGCCACAUCUUGUAUAAAUUCAGUUAUUGAUGAGAAAGGUGAAACUAAUUUGCACGACAAUGCCAGUGUCGGUGACAAUAUGCCCAUAAAUGAAAUAACUCUUGUCCAAAACGAGGAUGAUGGAUUCGCAUUAGCUCCUAUUGACGCAACAGUCUAUAAAGGAUUAACAAAGACCAAACGCAAAAGAAAACUUAUUAUUGAUGAAAUAAAAAAUAUUUCCGGAGAAGAAAUGAAGGCGCAAUUAGCCGAUACUUCUGAUAUCUUAACUACACUCGAUCUGGCCCCACCCACAAAAAGACUGAUGUAUUGGAAAGAAACUGGAGGUGUUGAAAAAUUGUUUUCAUUACCAUCAAGAUCCAUACCAGCCAGAUCACUAUUUAAUAAUUAUAACAGACAGUUGUUUUCACAUUCAACAUUCUUUGAGGAUUUUUCAAGUGUUGCUCCAAUGGAAAUUCUUGCAUUGGAAUUUUAUGCACAAGAAAAUGAGAAUUCGCUAAUUAUUUUUAAUAAAAAGGGACGCAAACGAAAGAAUGAUCUGGUUACUAAUCAAUUUUUGGACCAUGUAUCUGAUUCACUGAUUCAAAGCUUAGAGGUCCCUGAAGUUUUAAGAGAAGACCAAAAAUCUCUAGGGCUAUCUGCCGUUUCUUUAAACAUUGCAACAAAAGAGCAAGAAAGUAUAGCUUGUCAAAAUGCAUCAACUCUUUUUGAUCACAUGCAAAGUCCAGAUUUAUUGUCUUUAAAUGACAUGGAACAUUUUUCAUCAAUUAAUGACCUGCCAUUAACACCAAGAAAUACUAAUAACGACAUGGGAGAUGAUUUCAACCAAGGAGACUCAACGCCGGCGGGAUUGGAUCACGGCCACACAACUCCGCAGCAUACAAAUAUUGGCGAGAUGGACAAUAUACCAUUUAUACCUACAGAUCAAAUUAGCGCAAUAUUUAAUGAAUCUGUGGAGCGACCUUUGGUGAAUGAAAACGGCUUUUCAAAAAGAGCAAGCGACUUUUCAAAGGGAUGGGACAACUAUGAAAUUCCAACCUUCGUUGCUCAGAAUCACAGCGACGAACAAAUGGAAAAUGAAACUGAUGAACAAUUUGAAGAGCGUGUUUUAAAUAAAAGAGCUGCACAACUUUUUAUCGACGUAAGAGCUCAUUUUAACGUUAAAGAUAAUUUAGCUCUUUCACAACUAACAUCCGGAAACUCAAGAAAACAGGCGGCUCAAAAGUUUUACUCCCUCCUUGUCUUAAAGAAAUUUAAGGUGCUUCACAUUGCUCAAUCUGCUCCCUAUGCAGAUAUUACUAUUACUCGAGGACCAACAUUCGAAAAUCCAAAAAUUUAAACAAAAAACUUGUACAAUUAAGAUCAUUCUUGAUUCAUAUCAAUAAAUACAUUUUAAUUUAUUUAUAAAA